GAGAGGGAGAAAUAGAUGACCAGCACUUUUCUGAAUAUGUGAUCUGAAUUUGACACUUUGUAAAUAUCAUUUAAACACUAAUUGCUGGAUUACGGUCCUCUGGCUAUUGCACAUGUAAAAGUAUUUUGUGCCAAAUAAGAAAGACGACGUGUUUAUUUGCCUCUUCUGGAGACAUUCAGGAUAGUUUUAUCGUACAUGCACCGAGCGAAUGGCCGUGACUGAAGCCGUGCUGCCGUCGUUUAGUUCGUUCUCAAACAUAUGCAACACAUCUGAAAACAUGAAGGCUUGGAAGUUUGAAACAGGACUUUUGGAUCUGAGUCAAAGCAACGGCUUUAAUGAACCUUCACAGUCCCUAACAGAACACAACACUGAAAGCGAAGGAUGCUGGGAUAUGGAGUUCUUGCUGUCAAAUUGGGGCGGCACAUCGCCCGAACGGUCCAACACUUCUCAAAGAGCACCCGUACAUGACCAGGUCCACAGUCCUGAUCUCUACUACACUCAGGAUCUGAACGAAGACAGAGACCAAGCAAGACUAAACAAACAUCAAGUUUCCAUUACAAGCUCUCUGGCUGAACUGAUUCCUAACGAAGCGUCUUUAAAUUCUUCACUGCCGGACCUUUUUAACGGAGGAUAUUUAGAGCAGCAGGUGAUGGGAAAAUCAUACUCGCAACCAGAAAGUGUCUCUCUCGUAAAUGACAUGGACAGAACAAAUGAGAGAAGCAACGUGGGAAAAUUGAGAUCGUGGGAUUUUGCACACUACCCUCAGUCUGUACCUCUGAUACCCAUCACAGACUCCAAAUAUGUACCCACAUCGGGGAUCGCCAUGGACACGCUGGUGUUUCCUCCACAUCAUAACUAUAACUACAUCCAAAACUACUCUCAUCCCAGACUCUACCAGCAGCAGCAGGUGAGCUACGUCCAAAGCCAGCCAACAAGCCACUAUCCAGGCAGACAGUGCAUGAUGCCUGACUCCACAGUGCCACCUGCAGGUCAGGAGGGGAAGCGCAACCGGCGAGGGACGGUGAAGAGGAGGGUGACGGUACACAGUUGUGAAUACCCAGGCUGUCACAAGACUUACACUAAGAGCUCCCAUCUCAAAGCUCACCUUCGUACACACACAGGUGAAAAGCCGUAUCACUGCACUUGGGACAGCUGCGGGUGGAAGUUCGCCCGUUCCGACGAGCUGACGAGACACUUCAGAAAGCACACGGGUCAGAAGCCGUAUGAGUGUGUGCUGUGCCACCGGGCCUUCAGCCGAUCUGACCAUCUGGCAUUACACAUGAAGAGACACGCGUGAGAUCAGGAAGACAUAUAGAUACACACAAAGAGAAACACAGAUACAGUAUAUACACGCUAAUCUGGUUAGUUUAUGCCUGUAAUGGCAUUUAAAUGUCUUUGAGAGGACCUGAGGUUCAGCAGAUGAGGCGCUGACAGUGUUUAUCCAAAAAAGGUCCUUAAAAGCACUAUGAUGUUAACAUACAACUGACAUGUACAUACUGUACAUUAUGGUGCAUUAUGAAAUGAAAUUUCUUUUCAUAAGAAAAUAAACAUGGUUUAGUCGAAAAUAAGAAGCUCCAAAAAUGUAGGUACCUUGGGUGCGAAUUCCACGCGGCCUUUGAGCUGUAUAAUUUGGGAAACUGUAAAGAAGCAAUUAUAUCAAACUCUUUCCGUUGCAAAUUAUACCUGUAAAAAGAAAAAUGAGAGGUUAUAAAAUUUUAUUAGAAGAAAAUCUGUACAUUGCUGUAACAUUCCAUACAAGAAAGUGCUGUUGAAUUUGAAUGACAUCAUCUACUUAAAUAUUUAGAAACUUUUAGAACUAAAAUAGCAAAAAAUGCAAAGAAUACAGCAGGUAUAAUGUUUAUUUUACACUUCUUUUGAAUAUCAUGUUAUUUUAUGACUUUCUAUUUUUAGUCUGUAAUUUUGUAUUUAUUAUAUACGUUUGUGUGAAGGGGAUGUAAGGAAAAAGUCUUUGUGUUAUGGAUAUUUCGCUAUUUAUAAUCACCCCCCAAAAAAACAUCAAAAGAAAAACAAAUAUAUUCUGUUUGUCUGUGCUAAAGUACUUUUCGUGUGUGUUUUAGGAAGCAUUUAUGAUUUAUUUAUAUUAUCUCAGCAAUAAAGAAACGAACUUA